AUGGCAACAGACGUGGCAUUUGACACAUCGAUGGGCUCGUUUACCGUCGAGCUCUACAACACUCAUGCGCCGAAGACUUGCAAGAACUUUGCGAUCCUUGCUCAGCGAGGCUACUAUAACAAUGUCAUCUUCCACCGCAUCAUCCCCAACUUCAUGGUCCAGACCGGUGAUCCCACCGGCACCGGCCGAGGAGGAAGCUCCAUCUACGGCGAGAAAUUCGAGGACGAGAUUCGAGGCGAGCUCAAGCACACCGGUGCUGGAGUUCUGAGCAUGGCCAACAGCGGGCCCAACACCAACGGCAGCCAAUUCUUCGUCACCCUUGCCCCGACCCCAUGGCUGGACGGAAAGCAUACGAUAUUUGGCCGGGUCAAGAGUGGCAUGAGAGUGAUUCAGCGCAUGGGACUGGUCAAGACCAACGCCGAGGACAAGCCGGACGACGAGGUCAAAAUCAUUCGGGCUCGCGUGGUUGAAGAAGGGGCAGAGUGA